GACUACAUGUGCUGCUGCUGCGUGUUGGAGCCAUAUGAAGCUCCUAUUGCCGCUUCAAGAAUCCACCCCAAUCGAGAACAAAGUGUUUGAUCUCCAAUUAUAGCAGCAGUUACAGAACUGUGGAAGGAGAGAACAGAAGUACACUGGCUACUAUCAACGGACAUUGGGACUCGCCGCAACCUUGCGCUUUUUUGGGUGUACUGCCCCUCUUGAGCAAUGGCAUCUCUAGAUCGAUCAAAGGGAGCGUGUGAGAAUGGGGUCGGCUUUUUUAUUACCAUGUAUUAUCAGUAGAUUAGAUGUAUCAUACAGUGAUACUAGAGUAUUCCAUAGCCUUUGAUGUGAGUGCAUGGAGACACAUAGGCAGACAAGGUUGGGAAUGUGAAAGAAGCUGCGCGCUCCGUGUAUACCCGUGAUCCUACAGAUUGGACUACAAAUGACCACAGAAAAAAAACACAAUAUUUCCCAUGCAUAUUUUUUGUUAGUAGACUUCGUAACACAUGGGUCAAAUAUUGAUUAAUCGUCAGCUGCUAAUGAACACACCAUAAAUUAGCAGUGUUCUUGAACAAAGCUGAUGCAUCUUAAAGGAGACGCGCGUGCUUUGACAACAUCAUCACCACCUCAAAUGGAAGGAGUUAUCGUCUGAUCCUGGCCACAGAAAUCGCCCAACUUCAAGCGCCACGUAGGUUGAGGCUCUGAGCAAUGGAAUCUCUAUUCGGUGGUGAGCUGAGGCUACUGGGAGGUGGCGAGGGCUUGAAGGAGGACAGCUGUGGCGACGUAGGCUGGUCCUCCUCAUCCCUCCCUGAUGAUAUGUACUCCGUCUCCCACUUCGCCCUCAUCACCGCCUACCAGGACAUCAAGACACGGCUCGCGGGCCUGGAGAGAGAGAACAGUGGCAUCAAGAGGAAGCUCAAGAUCUACGAGAUCAAGUUCCCUAUGAUCAGUGAGUUUGGGGAGGACAGGAACUCCUACUGCAGCUUUGAGUCCAAGGAGACAACUCUACUGCAGUCAGAGAACGGCAACCUGCAGCAGAAAGUCAGCACCCUCACCCACGAGCUCCAGAAGAGGAAAGAGCGCCAGGAGCAGCUGGAGGAUGUGAUCCAGGCCUAUGAGAAGAUCCACAUGGAGAAGAACAACCUCCAGAGAGACCUGGACAAAAUGACCAGUCUAGUGGAGAAGCACGUGGAGCAUAUUGUGGAUCUGGAGUCUGCUCUGAGACAGAGAGACAACUCGCUACAGAAGCUCAACACCCAGCUACACAGCAAGGACAUCCAAUACCUGCAGCUACAUAGCCCAGACAUUCACAUGCUGGACUAUCCUGCGCUGACCCUGCAGAGCUCUCGUAGUCUAGACACUCUGUCAGACCUGAAGCUGCAGCGUCUGGAGGCGGAGCUAGAGAGGGCGCGGCAUGAGGCCGAGCGGGCGUGUCAGAGGGAAGAGGAAGUGAAGGCCGAGUGUGAGAGACUGCAGGAGGAGCUGAGACAGAUCCAGAACAACCACAUAGGGACGGAAAUGACUUCGCCGUGUGAGCAGUGUGAUGUGGAGUGGAUAAAGAAGGUGGGAGAUGAGCAGGUGAAUUUGGCGCUAGCCUACACAGAGCUAACUGAGGAGUUGGGACGUCUACAGGCACUGAGCUCCAAACAAAAGGAGAUCUUGAGGAUGGUCUCUCAGGAGCAGCAUAGCCCAGUCCAACGCCACUCCCACCCCCCAUCUCCCAUCCCUCACCAACGCCACUCCCCUGUGCCCCAGCGACACUCCCCCAUCCCCCAACGCCACUCCCCCGUCCCUCCUCAGCACCACUCCCCCAUUGCCCAGUGCCGCUCCCCGGUGCUCCAGCCGCAGCAUCUCUCCCCGGACAUGCACCGCCGCUCGCCCCUGCUGGACGUCAACGAUGGGCCUGCCUCCUACUCCUGCCGGCCAGCCAGCCACCACCUGAGGGCCAGCUUCCAGGGCCGACGGAGCUACUCCGAGGUGGCCGACCCCUCGGCCUACCAGCGGCCACCGCGCUUCAGCCUGGACCCCGUGUCCACCCUGCCCAAGCCCCGGCCCUACAUGGACUCCGGCUACUCAAAGCAGCAUCAGCAGCAUGAGCAUGGAGGCUCCCAGCAUGGAGGGUCACCCCACAGAGGAGGCCAGCUCCGAGCUUUCCAGUCUGGGCUAGAGAGGGCAGGGAGUGAGGUGGGCCUCCAUGAAAGUUCCUGCCACUCUCGAGAGCUGCCCUUCCCCCUGUCCGAGGUCUCUCCCAGGUCUCACCUGCACUUUGAGCCCCUGCCACCCCCUACGCCUACCCCCCAGAUUCCGCAGUCCUCUGAAGACGAGGAAGAGUGGACCUGUCCGCACCCCAUCAGCCCCCCACGGACACUGGGCGUGCCCAACAGUGUGUCAGCUCAUGGGGUCAUGAAGGGGCCAGCGUCCUGCUCGGCCUUCCCCAUCCCAUCCAGACCCAACACUCUGACCUGCCACCCGCCAGGCUACCUGCACACAGAGCACGCCCAGUCCUGGCCCUCCAUCAAUCUGUGGAUGGAGACAGAAGAGAGUGACAUGAGGAGCUGCCCUCUGUGCCAGCUGAUCUUUCCCAUGGGUUACCCUGACGACGCCCUAAUCAAGCACAUCGACUCGCACCUGGAGAACAGCAAGAUCUGAUCGCCACGGCAACACUGCACCCUCUUUUUAGUUGCAACAAUUCUUCACUUACAUUGUGGAGUAAUUUUAGGUUUGGUUUUGUUUUAUAGCUGGGUGCCUUUUGUUUUACAAGACAAGAGGGCUUAUUGUGUGUUUAGUAGUCCAUGUAUGGGACUAGGUUUAGGGAAUGACAAGAUGGCUUCGAGGUUCAUGACAGACAAUGUCCUGAGGGUUCCAGGCAACUUGCAGUCCAUUUGUUUUUAUAUCUUACACCUUACCACUACUACUUGCUGUAAUGUGGCCUGCUUUAGUUAACUCCCAUGUACAGUAUAAGGCUUGUGAAAUACAGACCAACCACAAUUAAUUCCUGGAAUUAUCUGGGGGGCCAGAUGGAUAAAUCCAGUUUGUUUGUUCUUCAGGGCUUGACAAUGUGCGGUCAGAGGUCAGAGUUAUGAAGAGAGGAUGGCAGUGUUGUGAGUUUGACUGAUUGUACAGUAUGUCGGUAAGAAGUUGUCCUGCAGGGUGGGGCAUGUAGUUGCUGUGACAACCUUGCUGUGGUGAAGUGCAUAGGCAGAUUAUCUGUAUGCUUGCGGCCUGAACAGAAAUCCAUAUAAAUCUGAGCACAUUAAGUUAACCUACAGUAUAUAAACCUAUAGUAAAUAAUAAUUUCACCCCUAUAUUAUUUAUUUAACUCCCUAGAGUUGAUGUCUGCGCCCCAUGGACAUCUAAUUAGCAUAAUACAAAAAUCCCCAUAAAAAUUUAUCAAUAUAAGCUAGAGAUAUCUGUUUUUGCAUGGGAUGUGUCUCAAUCCACCGCAUCAGCCGAUGCCACACUUUUGCAUCUGCGGUGAAAGGUGACAGAGCUAGAGCAGUGGUCUUCUCACAAAAUCGUCUGUAGCAUCUGAACCAUUUUGCUCUACGACCCCCACAAGAGUCUUGGGACUCGUCUGAAGUUGGUACAGCCAAUCUGCCAACUUCUGUCUUUAGCGUCCGAACAGUUUGGGCUACACACUAAUAUGACCCCUCUGUGGAAAGGUGAGACUCUCAUGAACAUGUCAGUUGAAGUUCUCCCUGUACCAGUUGAAAUAAAAUGGAAGUACUGUAUAUCUGGAGACUGUUUAGUGCCAAAAAUAAGGGCUUAAAUACAUGUAAAAAAAAUAAAAAAUUCAAAUGUUUCCUGAUCUUUCUUAUAUCUUUCAGAUAUAGGACAGACACUCUAGAACAAACUUCCUUUAUCUGUUAUUCCAUGUAGUGAAUAUGUUAUUCAAUGCGUUGGUAUGGGCUAAUAGCAAGGCCAAACAUUUUUCUGCACAAAAUUAUUUUGUAAUAUUUUUGGGGAUACAUCAAGGGGUUUUAAAGUUCAAAAUCAAAUAGCAAAAUUAUCCUUGGUAUGACCUUCUUAAAACAAUUACAUAUAGCUUAGUAGAACCCCGCCCCACCUCCCCGGCUUAGACAGGGCUUAGACUGUAAUGGGUUAAAGGGCAAUUCCACCACUUUUUAACCUAAUUAUCAUUAUCUCCAGGACAAUACCAGUGUCUACAUAUGUGAAAAGGGUGCAUUUCUAUGCUUUGUAGAAAUAAAUAUAAAGUUUAAAAGUUCUCCUAGAUGACAUCAUCAAAAGUUACAACAUUUAAAAAACGGUGAUUCUCAAACACUAUGAAAUGCGCAGUGUAUUGAGGAGCAAGAAAAUGCCCUCUGGCUAAUCAAUGUUUUUUUAAAUUUUUAUGCUACCCUGUGAUGUCACAGAGAAGCAUUUUUUAGGACCUUUGUUCUUAUCUUUUUAACCACAGAUCAUAGAAACGCGCUGUUUUCACAUAUGCAGACACUGGUUUGGUGCUGGAGAUAAUCAAUAUGAGGUUGAAAAGUGUCAUGAUUGCCCUUUAAUGUAUCAUUUGAUAUAUCUGUAAGUAAUGAGGCAAAAAAAUUCUGGCAAAAAAAAAUCUUUGUGCCGAACAUGUCUUAUGUUGGUGACAUUUCCCCCUCCUAAGCUUGCACAAUACUGUAUAUAGCUAGUGGGACAGGAGUUUGUAUAUGGAAGAGGGAAUGGAAUAUAUUUGUAUAUGAUAACAAUGAUUCAACUGGGAGUCUCUUUAGUCUUCCUGAAGAACCGACGACCUGCAAACACAUCUGAUAAAGUAUUUAUAACAUUUCUCAAUCUUACAGUCUGAAGCUGGCACACUUUGCAUUUUAUAUCUAAUAUAUAUACAUGUCAAAUAUAACCCAAAAAAAUCUGAGUGAGUGUUGUAUGGAAUAACACAUAUGGAAUCAUGUAGUAUCCCCAAAAAAGUUUUAAACAAAUCAAAAUGUAUUUUAUAGUUGAGAUUCUUCAAAGUAGCCACCCUUUGGCUUGAUGACAGCUUUGCACACUCUUGGCAUGGCUACUUUGAAGAAUCUCAAAUAUAAAAUAUAUUUUGAUUGGUUUAACACUUUUUUGGUUACAACAUGAUUCCAUAUGUGUUAUUUCAUAGUUGUGAUGUCUUCACUAUUAUUCUACAAUGUAGAAAAUGGUGAAAAUAAAGAAAAACUCUUGAAUGAGUAGGUGUGUCCAAACAUUUGACUGGUUCUGUAUGUAUGUGUAUGUAUGUUCUAAAGCCUAGUACAAAAGGAUGGGAAAAUUAAAUUCCAAUCAAAUCAGCUCUGAAAAAGAUCUGAUGUUAAAAGAUCUGAUGUCAUUGGUCAAAAGACCAAUUAGUGGAAAAAAUAUCAGAAUUGGGCUGCCUGUGUAAACGCAGGUUCUGAGAAUUUACUGAUGUAUAUUCCUAUGAUUCUAUGUAAAAAAACGAAGAAUUUUUAAAUCUCAAAAUGAUUUCACUUUGGGAACUCCGUUCCCACACAUUCCUGCCCACUUCCACCCCUGGUAGUACAGUACAUCUAUAUUCUAAUUUGAAACUAACAACGAUAUCACAAUAAGUGAUUGGGCAGUUAGAUUAAUAGUAUUAAUUACUUCCAUGCCCACACAGACAACAUUGGCUUUCAUUGACCAUGUACAGAAUUCUGUGUUAGAUUGUAUACCUUUUGAUUACUUUGACUGAAGGAACAAUCACUACUCUUUUAUAACCAAAGAAAGCUAGAUUAGUUUCUACAAAGUAUUGACUCGGGUGUGAAUACUUAUGUAAAUGAGAUUUCUGUAUUUCAUUCUUAAUACAUUUGAGACAGAAAAUUCUGAACAUGUUUUCACUUUGUCAUUAUAGGGUAUUGUGUGUAGAUGGGUGAGAGAAAAAAAACUAUUGCAUCCAUUUUGAAUUCAGGCUGCAACACAACAAAAUGUAUGAACACUUUCUGAAGGCUCUGUACAGUAUGCUUAUCUCUCUUGAUGAUGACUAAGUACCAACUAAUCAUAUCAUGCUCACAGGUAUGAAUGGAGAGAUGAUACAUACAGUAUAUAUGAAUAGAUAAAUUAUACUGUUUUAAGGAACACAUUCAUGACCAAAAUAUGUUGACCAGCAGCUGUAGUACAUAGCAAACAUGCCUAUCAGCUCACAAUGUUAAGCAGUGAAAUGUAUAUACAGUAUGUUGUCAUUUCAAUGGCCACAUAAACAAAGACACUUUGUUGGAGUAGGAGUCUGACACUCAAGCCACUAUUCACAAAGAGUUAACUCGGGAGAUAUGUAAAGAUUUCCUCUUUCGCUUUUCUUUUUCCUCAAAUCCUCCAUCAAGAAUCAAAUCAGAUUGAGCACUGGCGUUGUUUUUAGACUGUCAAUCUUCAAUCCCUCUGCCUGUGAUUUCUAGCUUUGAGACUGAUCUGAUGAUAACAGAAAACCCUCAUCUGGAAAGACUCUGGGGACAAAGCUUUGUGAAUAUGGCUCCUCUCUUGGGGCCUCUCUGUGGCUCUGGGGACCCUACCACGACUGACUGAUAAGAACUCAUCAGAUCUGUCUAACAAGCUAAAGGGCCGCUAACGAGGAAGAAUAAUCAUUAUGGAGGUAUUUUGUGAGUACACUGUUGGCUUUCAAGGACUUUCAACAACGUGUAAAAAAUUAUAAUAAAAAGAGAUGCAUAACGACUUUUUCUUUUCUUUCUGUAUGUAAAUAUUCUG